GCUAGCUGGACCGGCUGGACCGCAGCGCACGCCGCGUCCCCGCGGGCUGCAUCGGCCGGUCUCGGGCUGCUUGCUAAUCGGCACCCUGGACGAGGUCGAACGCGCGGCCUCUUUUCUGAGGCACCGUGCGGAGUGGGCGCCUCAUCUGCGCGUGCUGGUGCACGUUCGUGCCGACACAGGAGAGCCGAUUCAUUGGAGAGACUUUUCCGUGCGUGCCUUGCUUCGCCUCUUCUGGACCAAAAUGUCAGCCUUCAAUGUUGCGAUCUCCAUAAUGGAUCCUGGGGAAAGUCGCGUUUCGAUCUACACCAUGUUCCCCUACAAGGAGAGUGGAGAGCAGAAAGUGCGCUGUGGCCAGGGUUCUGGCCAGAUAGUCUUAGUGGGCCAGGUGUCUGCAUGGCCUUCCGUGGACCCGAAAAUGGUGGCUGCUUUGGAUCCGUUCCCCGACAAGGUUCCACGGAAUCUGCUUGGCUGUACAAUAAGAGCAAGCUUGUCUUUAGGCUUGUCGGUGUCCUGCACUCGACGCUCAUUCUCAAUUGAAAAUGUGCAUAACUGGACGCUGGAGACCUACAUCAUGAAGAGCGUGUUUGAGGCGGCAGCUUUACACUGGAAUUUUACACCAGACAUCUCAAUGACUCCAGACAUACCCACGGUUCCUCUGGACAACGGCUCCUACACCGGCAGGCUGGGCAUGCUGGAGCGAGGUGACUGCGACGUGGCGCUGGCCCCGUACGACUUGUCGCCGAGAGGCGCCUCCUUGCUGCAGCCCAGCUACGUGGUCAACCAGGACUCGUUCAAAGUGCACGUGCGGUGCGGCGUCACCAGGGCGGGCAGUGACGCUGCCGUUUCGUUUCUGCUGCCUGGCUCCGUUGUUGCGAUGCUGUUCGGCGGCCUGCUGCUCGUUCUCGCUGUGCAGUUUUGGAUCAUUCGAGCAGGGCAAGGCGACGAUCGUCGUUCCGAAUUUAGCAAGCUCCUCCUCGACAAUCUAUCAACCCUGACUGAGGUGCCGCUUCCCAAAGGACCGUCGCGGGCCGCGCUGCGCGCCUUGCUCGGCUCCUGGCUUCUCUUUGUCUUGAACUUCAACGUGGUCCUCAAGUCCCUGCUAACGGCAGACACCACCACGGUCACUACUGCAUCUCGCAUCACUUCGGUAGCGGAACUGCAACACACAAAAGUCACGGCGGUCGGCUACAACAGCCGCCUACUUGUGGAGAGUGUCGCGACGAUGGGCUUCGGAGGAGACAAGUCGAUGUUCUGCGAGGAUGACACUGUUGCAUUGUGUUUGGACAGAUUCGAGUCGGACGAGAGCUUCGCAGUCAUACGGUCAGUGAUCAUGCCUGCCUCAAUGAAAUGUUUGGGCGGCUGCCACUACGUCGUGGACGAGAGCGUGGCCAUUUCGAGUACAGUGUUCUACAUGCGUCGCCACGACCCGCUGGGCCGCCGACUCAGCGACACUGUGCUGGCCUUGCACGCCUCGGGCAUCAUGAACUACUGGCACCGCCUGCACCGGCUCAGCCGCGUGCGAGCGCCCAGCGACCCCGCAGCCCAACCGGACGGGGCAGCUCCAUUGAGGCUGGCGGCCGCCGCCUGGUCGGCAGGCAUCGCAGUGGCCACGGUGGCGGCGGUCUGUGAGGUAGCCUGGCGGAGGCUGCAGCAGCGACGAGGGGAGCGAGGGCGUUCCACUAUCGUGGUUCUUUCCGGAUCCAACUGACGGAGGACUGUCACUGUUAGUGCAGGUGGACCUCGUGGUCAGACUAUGUGAUGCAAAAUGAAGCGCAAGAUGGGGAUCAUUGCUCAAUUUCAAUUAUUUUUCAGUAGACACAAAAAACUGUUUGCAGCAUGAACUAAAUCUUAAAAAAUAAUUGAUGCGUGAAUAUUGGUCUAAAAAAGCAUGAGUGAGAACUUUCAAAAAUUUCAAGAUGAAUGUAAAUGUAAAGUGGUUUAAUUCUUUAGGUUAAAAUGGACCACGGCAGCAUUCUCCCUACUCAGGUCUCCCUAAUAAGGUGGAAUUUGGAGACAGUUCAAGUGGAGUAUGCGUAGUCUAAUAUUGCUCUCGUACAUGUUUGGAGUUCUCUUUACUCCAACUUGUGUUCUGAUAAAAGGAGGACUUCAGCUGCGAUGACUCUUUUUAACAUUGGAUUCAUAAAAAUACAAGUUGAGCUCUUCUCUGUUCUGUUGCAUAUUCUUUUACUUUGUUUAUCUCCAUUUGUCGAUGAAAUUUUGACCGUAACUGGAGUUAGUUGAGUAUACCGUUUUUCCAUGUGGAAUUUUUUCCUUAACACUGGCAAUUGAGUCAAAUAAUUCUUUUGUGAUGAGGCACAAAUAAAUACUUACAUUAGA